AUGAUCGGUGCGAUGCCAGCAGUAGCGGUCCGGCAUGAGCGGCGGCGCGCGGAGAAGCGCGGGCGGAGGCCCUCGCAGCUGCCGCUGCAGCUGGGCCGCCUGGACGACGCCACGCCGUCGCCCGACCACCGCCUGCGGGAUGAGCUCUACGUCUGCGGGAAGGUUGCGGGGCUGUACGCGAUCGUGGGCUGCCUGCUGCUGGGCAUAGUGGUGCUGGUGGUGGGGCUGGUGCAGCUGUCGCCGGGCGCGGAGGCGGCGCAGCAUCGCUACUACCUCAUGGGCGCCGGUAACAUAGUGGUGCUGGUGCAGCUGUCGCCGGGCGCGGAGGCGGCGCAGCAUCGCUACUACAUCAUGGGCGCCGGCGCCGCGCUCGUGGGCGCCGGCGUGCUGGGCGCCGUGCUCAGAUGCCUGUGCCUGCACUGGUGCAACCUGAUGUUCCAGGAGGAGUACGACGAGCGCGUGCGCGCCACGCAAAAGCACUGCGUCAGCGUGCUGGACAGCCAGAACCAUCGCCAGGACAGGCCCAAGCUCAAGCCCCAGGCCAGCGUUCAAGAUGUAGAUAUGAUCCGACAGCCGUCGGUCGCCAGCGACACCUAGACCUGACCAACGACCAGCAGCGUGACCAACGCCCGACGCCAUCACCGCUACACACAGGGUGACACAAAACUGCUUAUGCGAUAAAACAAAAUAGUUUAAUUCAUUUAAAAGUUUGAUUGGUUUUAUUAUGACAAUGAAUCAUAUCAGAAUUGCUCCAAAGGCUGUCAAGUUUUAUAUCAAAUACGUAAAACUGGACAUUCUUAUUUUAACAUGUCAAAAUUGACGGUAUAUAAGUUUAAUUUAUUAGUGUACCAGAACAUGUUUAAUAUCAUAGGUAUUAUGAUAACAAAAAUACAUCAAAAUACUAAACCAUAUUCGUGAAAUGUUUAAAGUUGCAACAAAGUUUACGAAAGGAUUAAGAUCUUUGCUUGCCAGAAAUCCCAAACCUUGCUGCCAAGUCUUUGACAAUUGUACUAAGCUCAUAAUAAGUAUACUAAAUGAUUAGCUAUGGACAUUGAAUUGUAACUACAUAGAAUGAUUUUAUACUAUAAAUCCUUACUAAACUACAUACGAGUAAACUUUUUUGUGACGUCAAGACUUUAUACAAUGAAUGUCGGAUUUAAUGUGAAAAGCAAAUGCAAGGUGGACUUCGCAACAGCAAUCGUGACUUACAACACAAUAUAUGUAACAAGUUACAAAUAAUUUAACUUAUCGAUUCUUAUCUUGUCAAAGAAGUUUUGGGACACUCUGUAUAAAAUGAGCAGUUACGCAAAUAUCGCUACAGUUUUGUUAAAGUUCAUUCCAAACAAUUUAUGCCCUUUGAGAGACAUAUUGAUGUAGAAUUUUUCUAAACAUUUAACUUUUAGACGUUAUACUAUCAUAGGAUGCUCAAACGUAUUACUGAAAUGACCAAAUAGAAAGCCCAUUUCAAAGUAGUGCGAAUUUCUGACCGGAAAAUUAACGAUAUAUGAUAUUAGGAAAGUGAGAUCGUUAACUUAAACAAUCUGUAUACUGUAUAAUGUCGCGUCUACACGCUUGCUAAACCUUAACAAGCCGUUGUAAAUACAUAAAAAAAAAAGUGUGUGUCAGCUCCGACACAUGAAUGGAGUUUACUCUUUUAGAUCGACUGUCUAAAUAGGUGUAUGUUGCCUUGCAGCAUACACUAUGUACGUCACAAUACUUACGCCUGAAAAGUGAAAGGUGUGCAUCCGAGGAGCAGCAGUCCGCGGCGCGCCCGUCAACAGCGCACGGUUUAAGGUGCACAAAAAACGUAACGCUGUCAUUCGUUCAUCGAAUUUUUCUGCCCAUAUAUUUUUCAUACCGGGGGCUAUAUAUGAAAAAUCGAUUCUUAAGGAGUAAACUCCAAAAAAAAAUAGCAAUAUAAAUACAUCGACACUAAUAGAAACAAACAAGCCCAAUAACAUAUAGUAUAUAGGUAUAGUCGCCUAUACAGCAUACCCUAUGUACGUCUCAAUACACUCACAGCUAAAUUAGAAAGUUGCGCACUAAAGGUGCGCACCAAAAACGUGACACUUUUUCGUUAGUUCAGUUGGUUUUACCCCUCGGAUUUUUCUCAUACCGGGCGCCUUAUAUAUAAAAAAUCGAUUCUUAAGGAGUAAACUCCAAUAAACUCCAAAAAACCUUUUAUAUGUUUAUGUUCUCCGAUUAUGCCUUUCCAGGGUUACGGGGCUGACGAUGAAACCCAACAGUCCUUGGGUUUCAUCCCCGCUUGUUAAACUAUUGUCGUAGCUAACCCUCGCACAAUCUACACGACUAAUUGGUGUAGUAAAUGGAAUAUUGGUUAGGUUACAAGAACAAGGCAAUUAAAAAAAAUAUAUAUAACAUACAAGUUUCUAUUUGAACGACUCAAAAGGUAAGAGUCUAAAACAUUUAGACCAUAUUCGUAUAGUUACGGUUUUAUUUAAGGUAGAUCAGAAUUUCGCACAACCUUACCUAUGGCGUUGGUGUACGUCCCGAGUGAAAGCGUAUGACAGUUGUAUCCGUGACGUAAAAACACUUGACAAGUUUUAGUUUGAACUUAAUGCGAGCGGGCUCGUUUCUUCCAAUAGUCGUUUUAUACGCCGCGGAUUCCGCUUACACGAUUCGCCUUCACUCGAGGCGUAUAGACAGGCAAACAGGAGUAUAUAGCCUGCAUUAUAAAAUUUUAGCGAUAUCGUAGCACCUUGUGGUUAUCGGGUCUUUGUAAUUCGAAGUGAUAGUUUUAUCUCUCCCAAAAAAAAUAUUUUGUAGUACCUUAAAAACUCAUUAUAUUAUUGUAGCAUCCAUACUUGUAACGGUACGUUUACAUCUUUAGGAUUUUUAUUCGAAUCUGUAUUGUUUAUUAUUUUUAUAGUAAAAUAUGUUAGGUUAAGUUUUUAUUAAGACUAUUUGUUUUUAAACUGUAGUCUAAUGAAUUUUUGGAUGAUUGUCUAUGUGUAAUGUAUAUGUUAGUGUAUAUUUUUAAAUAUACAUUGUAGUAUAUUUUCUGUAUUGAAGUGUAUAAAUAUUCAUUUCAUUGUAUACAUAUCCCAAAUCAGAAUGUAAUUCAAUAUAAUAUACCCACUAUAAAUAAUAUAAUUUACUCGGUGCAACGUAUAAAUACAUAUAAAUGUUUACAGAUCAUUAUAACUUAUUUAUAAUAUAUCGACAUAUCAUUUUUAAUAGAAACCUGACCAUAAAUCAUUUCAUGAAAUUAUUUAUUUUCUGGAACACCAUCGGAAUACCAUAAAACUGGUCAUCCAACAUCAUUAUAAUAUCAUCCAAUAUCAUUGCAUAUAUUGCGUUAAAUAUCAUAUUUUUGAAAACUUUACAAUUGAGAUAUCCCCUAAAUAUACCUCUUUGCUUUAUUUAUAAACAAUUGUAUAUAUUAUUAUUAUUAAAUUUUGAAAAUUAAAAUGUUAAAUACAUAAUAUAUGAUUUUAAGUAGUUUUAGAAAUAUCUCUAUUAAAAAAUAAAUUUGAAAAUCACAUACCUAAAUAUUGUUAUAAUAGUGAAAUCAAAUUAAGUAAUUCAUUCUAAAACUUUACCGUCCGAUUCAUUCAAAACAUUAAGUACGUAUCACAAACGCUCAAGUAGUAAAUACUGGCUUGCUACUAAACCACAGGCACGCAACAA